AUGAUACCAACCAAGGUGGCAGAUUCACAGGUCACGCCACCAGCAGCAGCAUCAGCAGCAACAGAAGCAGCACCUGAACCAGAUCUUAAAACAAAACAAUCAUUGGAUCUUCUUCAAAGCGUUAGAUCGAGGUUCGGAGAUCAAAGUCCUAUAUUCUACGAGUUUAUUAGACUCUUGCAAGGUUUUCACUCUAAUUCUCAUACACCUGAAUUCAUUGUAAACAAUAUAAGAACUUUAUUUAAAGAUCAUCAAGAUUUAUUAAUUGGAUUUGAUCUUGUUGUUGGUGCUCCAAUUACUACUUCUAUUUCUACUCCACCAACUAUUGUACAACAUUCAACUGCUACCACCGCCACUACAACUAUAACUAAACCACCUCCAUCUCUUCCAAUCCCUGCGUCACUUGAAACUAAACCUCUGGUUCCUGUUGUGGCGACACCAUCUAAAUCACCAACCUCCUUCUUCCCAAAGACUGACGAGCUGCUAUCAAACAGCGUCAUUGAAACAAGCUGUACAGAGAUACCAGAUAUAACAAAUGAAACUGGAUUAAAACGACAUACAACCGAUGAGACAUUGCAUAGAUUACUCAACAAACUAGAGAUUCAACCAAUUGAUGAAUCGACUGGUAUCAUCAACAACAACAGUCACUUGCCACUCACAACUGAUGAUCUUCUCACACCCGAACCCAGAUCACCACGUGGUGGACCACAACAACAAGUAGCAGCAGAGGAAGAAUCAACAGACGACGAUGAAGAAUCAGAGUCAGAUGACGAGGAGGAAGAAGAAGAAGAAGAGCCAGCAACAACAAACAAGGCUGGAUACCAACAAGACGAGGUCGCAUUAUCAGAUGAAGGUGAACAAAUAGAGGAUCCAGAUCCAGUCGACUUUAACCCCGACGAUUUAAACGAUCAAAAGAGAAUGACAGAGAUUCACGAGCUCAUAAGACAAAGAAACACAAGACAACGAUACCAAAGAGAACAAAAACUCAACGAUAUGUUUGAUCGAAUCACCAAGGGUGCUCCUCCACCAUACAUCACACCAACAAAGUUUGAAAAACGUAGAAAGAAAAAGUAUCCAGAGGACCAAGACGAGGAAGAGGAGGUGGAAGUGUCAGAAUCAGAUACAAGCCUUUCAUCAAGUCUAAAUGAUUCAGUCAACCUUUUAUCUUUAAAUCCUUUGGCUCCAAUUUUAGAAGGUCAAAUUUUAAAUCCAUCAACAACAACAACAACAACAUCAUCAUCAUUUGUAACACCAAGAAAAUCAGAAAAGAGAAAAGAUCCACCACCACAAUCUCCAUUUGCACUACCACCACCAUCUUUAACCAAAUCCUCUUUAGAAUCUCUUUCCAUUUCAAAUGGCAGUAUUGGAGAAACAGUUCUUUUCAAAAAAUUGUUUUCAAACUCUAGCUCAAUUCACAAGAAAAUGAGAGAGAAAAUGACGGCUGUCGCCAUUUUAAAUGCAAAGGAAUUAUUAAAACAUGACAAAGAAUCAAACAUUAAUAUCAUUCUCAUUUCAUUAAUGAGAUUAUCUUUAUUUGCAUCGUCCAUUGAAUCUAAUGCUCCCAAAGGUACUGAAAAAGAUAAAUUUCAACAAUUAUUAAAUUCAGAAAAUGGAUUAUCAAAUCAAUUUUUAAAGUGGAAAGCUACAGAUGUCAUUAAAUCCUAUCAAUCAGUUAGCACUGAUCAAUGGUUGUCGGCGACUUCACAUACCAAGAAAAAAUUGGUUCAUGUACAUUUGAUGAAUCAAAUCAUUGUACCAUUGUUUGGAGUGCCAACUAAAAUUCUUGCUGCAUUGGCUGAUAUUCCUAGCAGUUUCACCAGUCAAGCUACUGGAAUAGAUACUUUGGAAAAGAUUAUCACCUACAUGACAGAGCAAAAGAAACUGUCAACGCCAGAAGAAACCCAACUCUUCAAGUCUACACUUGUCAAAGUGUACAGUAUCCUUUCAGCUCCUCCUCCACCAAAUCAUCUACUUGCUCGAUUCACUUCAUCAGAAAUCCAAUCAAUUAUUAAUAAUCGUUCAGAAAUCUCUGGUAAACUUAAAACAAUUGUCAAAAAUCAUGAUCCUCCAAAACAACCUCAACCUCAGCCUCAACAAACACAGCAAUCUCAACCACCUCAACUUCAACAACCAGUCAUUGUUCAACCUAUUGUCAAUUCCCAACCACAACCUAUUGUUCUUCCUCAAAAAACAGCUACUGCUACCACUACUGUAGCACAGCCCGUUGAACAACCUCAACAAAAGGCAAUGACUAGACCAGACACAGCAGCUUUCCAACAACCAGCUACAAACACAACACAACAACCAGUCGUUAUUCCUCAAAGUCAACCUCCUCCCCCUGCUCCUAUUCAACCCCAAGUUCAACCUAUUAUUCCACCCCAAACAACCACUACUACAGGACAACAACAACAACCAAAUAACAAAAAAUCAACUACCAGUUCUAUAAAUACAAAUGAAUUUAUGCAAUCAACAGAAAAAUCACUUCAAGAAUUGACGACUGAUCAAGCAAAGAUUCAAUAUCUUUUGCAACUAGUCUCAAAACAACAAGCACAAAUCCAAUUGACACAAAACGAAAAUCAAAAGCUUUCAACCCAAAACCAAAUGCUCUAUGACAAUAUCGAUAGAUUUGCAGUGUGGCAAAGAAAUGUUAAAACCCAAUAUGAACAAUAUGCAUCAUUCAUGUCCCAUUCUAUGAUGUUUUCUCUCAACAACCCAAAAAAAUAA